AGAAACUCAUACGUCACUUCCGAUUAGCUCCUGCCUGUAUCGUGGUCUAAACGGGAACAUGGCAGCGGAAAGCAUGGCUGAGGACUAUCCCCAGGAGAUCGACGAGCAGCUGAGCUCGUUCAGCUCGUCGCUGGGCUCAGUGCAGAGCAUGGUGGAGAAGCUGGUGAACAUGUCCAGGACCGACGCGCUGCAGAAGCUGGAUCCUUUGGAUCAAGCCAAACUGGAUCUGAUGUCCGCCUACACCCUUAAUUCAUUAUUCUGGAUGUACUUGGUGACGCAGGGAAUAAACCCUAGAGAACAUGGAAUCAAACAGGAGCUGGAGCGAAUAAGGACUCACAUGAACAGAGUAAAGGAGAUCAGUGACAAGAAGAAAGCUGCCCGUCUGGAUAAGGGAGCAGCCGCACGCUUUGUUAGAAAUGCUCUCUAUCAACCGGAAGACAAAGAUCCUAAGAAGAAAGGAGCACCGAAGAGAACGUCAGAUACAGCACCCGAGUUAACACGUUCUAAGCAUUCAAAACGGAGCUGAACUUCAGUCGGACCUGCGCGGUCCUGUGACAUUACACUGUGCUCCUUGUUCAGGGGUGAUGGACACUGAAGUAAAUGUUUGGGUUUCAAGGCUUUUUCUAAGGCUGCUUGAUGAACCAUCACAUAUAAAAACAGCAGAAAUAGAAAAUUGUAACUUAACUAAACAUGUUGUCUUGAUGUUGAUGUCAGCAGAUGCUCUUGAAUUUAAGAGAUAUGCUAAAAUAUUCUGCUACAUUAGUCUUUUAUAGAGUCUUUGCAAUUUAAAGGUGAUUCUAUGAAUCAUGAGUUGGGUUUUGCCUUUUCAUGUUUUUACACAAAUGCCAUAUUUUAAAUGCUGUAUUGAGACACAUUUUUUUUUCUUUUUUAAAGAAUUGACAACAGUAUAAAAUACUUGACCGGACAUCAUGUUUGGGAAUUUUACUUGUCUUUAUUUUAUUUUUCUUGUUGAUAUGAUGGUAUUUUAUGUCAAGCAGCUUCCCAACUUGACUGAAGACAUUUUGAUUCCUCUCUCAUGCCAUCAGCGACUACUGGAUGCUUUGAAUGCACCAGAAGCAUUGUUAAUGUUAGUAUUUUCAAAGUUUGCUCUGAGAAAAAUGACAGUAAAUAGUUACCAUGUUUUUAAUUUUAUAAUUAUUACAAGAGAGGCAGUAUUUCAUCUUUUGGUAUAUAGAACCGGACUAGUUCACUCUGACAAAUUUUAACAUCUACAGCAACAGUCCAAACUUGACUUCUUGUUAAUUAGUUAGAAAUUAUUGAUUGGGCAUCCCACUGCACAUCAUUUUAACCAUCAUGUAUGCUGUUAUAUGUAUUUCUUUAACAUAAUUGUGAGUAUUGAGGGAUGCUUUAACCUUUAAGUUGAGGCAACAUCAUUUCCAUAUUAUUUCAAUAAUCUGGGUUCAUCUUGUCAGUAUUACUUUUGCAAAACUGAGCCAAAAUGUAGAAGCAGUUUGUGAUGAGUGAUGUGCUUCCAGAGCUAUUAAGAUGCAGGCAGCAACGUAGUACACAUACUGUUGAAAAAUAAAUGCUGGACGACUGCUUUCCCAGAUUAUUUUUUAUGGUCUGAUUUUAGACUUCAUCUGAUAUGCGUUCAGAUGCAGCAGAGUUCUCGCACAAGGUGAUCGGGGGCAGUUGGAGGUGCAGCUUUGUGCCAAAGGCACUGAAAUUAAACCAUCACCUUUGCGAUUUAUGUGCACCCUGCUGCAGCGAUAUAAGCCAAAUUAUGUUAAAUCAUGUAUCAUAAUUAAUAGAAAUCAAGUAAGGAAUUGUUUGAGUUUAGAUGAUUCCAUAAGCGGGUUAAACCUGUGACCUCUUGACCAUAAGAGGCAGGCUGUGUUACCACCAUGAACAUUGCUGUAGCUGCAGCUAUAAUGAGACUUCCUAUUAAAAGAAAAAAAAAACGCCAUGUCAC